AUGGUUGAAGGGGGUAUAGCCACCGUUUGUGUUGCCAAUUUUCCAUGCGCGCCGUGCGACUCUUAUGACUCUAGUGGUGUAUAUAAGGUCUGGUGCCCUAUCAAGGACGAAGCAUUCGUCUGGAUGUUUCUGUUUCUUUGUUUCGACGGUUUGCUGCUGAUACCGACAAUCUGGUCAUCUAAGAUUUGGAGGGCCGACAGUUCUUUAUCCCACUUUAUCAAUAUCCUUGCCCUAGUGCACUGUUCGAGAAGCAUACUGCCAACUCUAUCUCUAAUUUAUACCUGUCUCAUCGUUCAAAAGUACCGCUCAGAAAUCCUGCAUUCGGGAACACUAGGUAGCCCCCACACGUUGAAAAAAAAAAAGGGGGGGGGGAAUUGCAAACCGAACAGGACGGAACCGCAUCCGGACCCGGUUGUCACGGGAUGGUGCCACAGCAUUGACCUUGUCCCAAAUUCAGCCGCGACCAUGCCCUUUUUCAAAAGAUACCACUUUUCACACCACCACCACAGGUCAUCACCACCCGGAGAUCUAGAAAUGUCAGAUUUUCAACACCACCCCGGACAUUCGAGGAUAAACUCUGGCAAGUCAUCUUCAGUCAGCAGCAACAGCGGCUACGAUCUCGACGACGACGCCAUCACGCCGUGUCCGCUGCUGGAGACAACAGCUAGCCAUCAAACACACCACUCUCACCUCCGUGACCUUCAACCAAGCCACCACCGUCUAUCACCAAAUCAACACAAAUAUGGCAGCCUGAGUCGAACCUCGAGCCAGGAAAGGUCGGCGUCGAGGUCCGAGUCGUGGAGGAGCAGCCAGCCUCGGCCAUUCCACGGAUAUGUUGGGGGCUACGAUGAGGAAGAGGAAGAGUUGGAUACGGAAAUCCUAUGGAAGCAGAUGCUGGCGGUGCAGGACAGGUUCGGGUGCUAUAAUUCAGCGAGAAUGAGGGCGGCUCUGGAAGGGGGCGAUACCUCGAUUCCAUCGAAAAUAUGCCUUGAUCUCAUCAACGACAGCAUAGGUGAGAUGCCCGAGGACGCAAGGCAGAGGAUCGAGUUAUUCCUCGAGAGGGAAGGCAGCGGCGCAAUGAUGAGAAGAGGGAAGUGGAAGAAGUUUUGGCACAGGGUUAUUUAUGUCUGAGUUCUUCAUUGUCAAAUAGACCAAAUCAUGGAAAUAUACCAAUCUGACCACCGCCAAGAGCAAUGGAAACCACCUCAUAAUUCUCCCCACCGUGCCCAACAGCAUGAACAACCACCUCCUCCCCAAACGGCCACCCCGACCCCUUCACCCACCUCCUCUCGUCAAUCUCGCUCUCCUCAUCCCCCGUCUCCCGCUCGUCAUACUGCGCAAACAUGCCCCGGUCCUUCUCCCCGCGCAGCAAGCUCUUGGCCUUUUCAAACGCCUCCUUCCGGGGCACACAGCAACCCGCCAGCUCGGUCCGCUGAAACGCGGUGCUGUUCUUGUCCCCUUUGGCAUGUUUGAAAUCCCAUUUUGUCUGCAAGAUGUAAUGCAAAUCCUCAUGUCCACAACAGGUAUCCGUCUCGUGCUGCGGGACCGUCGGGCCGGCGCCCUCUUUCCCUUCUCCGGGGUGGGAGUGAUGAGGCAGCUUGUCCACGUUGGGCUUGGUCACGACGCCGACGAGGAAUUCCUGUCCCGAGGGGGACAGGGCGUACACCUGAAUGUUGUCGCCGUAAGGCCAUUCCUGAUACGGAUGGAGGCUCGACUGGGUGACAAACUUGGUGAAAUCCGAAGGCGAGUAGUUGAGCGACUCUUUCAGGGCCACCUGGGCCCAGGCUUUCGCGGAGUCCAGAUCGGUGUGGGUUCCCAGG